AUGAGCCUCAGCCAGGAAGUUAUCAUUUUAUCAGACCCCAAAUUGCUUGAGAAGGUUGACAAGCUCCGCGACUUGAGUAUUAGUCAACUUGUGCCUCUCCCUCAGCUUGUUGUAGUCGGAGAUCAAAGCUCUGGCAAAUCCUCCUUACUGGAAAGUCUGACUGGAAUUCCGUUUCCUAGAGACCAAAGUCUCUGCACUCGUUAUGCAACGCAGAUCACAUCUUCACGUGAUAGCAAUGAGCGUGUUGAUAUACGCAUCACCCCUGGGCCACACGCAUCAGAGGAGCACAAGAAGCAUGUCGAGGGAUUCUACGAGAAGGUGAAUUCGGGUUCGCAAUUUCGGGAGCAGUUUUUAGACAUCUUGAAGAAGGCCAACGAAAGAAUGGGUUUGCGGGCCGAUGUCUCAACCGGAGAUGGCACUGUGUUUAGCGAAGACGUCCUUAAGAUUGAGAUUCACGGACCUCGCGAGGACUAUCUCACCAUCAUUGAUGUCCCAGGAAUCUUCCGCACCACUACGCAAGGAACAACCAAAAAUGACAUGGACAUCGUGAUGGACCUAGUCAAGACAUACAUCAAAGACAGCCGCACAAUUAUCCUAGCAGUGCUGCCGAGUAAUGUUGACAUUGCUACGCAAGAGAUCUUAGAGCUUGCAAAAUAUUACGACAAGAACGGCGAGCGUACUCUCGGUGUUCUUACCAAGCCAGACUUAGUACUCGAGCCUAGUGCGCAAGCCGCUGUCUGUGACCUUAUUCAGGGCAAGAAACGGCCACUCAAUCUUGGCUACUUCCUUGUCCGAAAUCGCGGAGCGAAUAGUGGCCCAGAGAAACAGUCAGAACUUGACCAAAUUUUCCGAAAGGAUCCAUGGGCUAAUCUGCCGCGAGAUCGAGUAGGUAUUAUAGCUCUCAAAGAGCAGCUCACGUCACUCUUAGUCGAGAUUACCAAACGCGAGUUUCCUAAAUUGAUGCGGGAUAUCAGAAAUAAAAUUAGGGAAUGUAAGAGAGAUCUGAACGACCUUGGGCCAUCUCGCCAUGACGAGCGCGAGCAACGAAUCUUCCUCAGUCAAAUAGCUGGGACAUUCCAUGAUCGCACUAGGGCAGCGUUGACAGCUGAUUAUAACGCCGACCCAGCUUUUGAUCAGGAUGAGCUUCGUCUCAUCACCCACGUGGUGAACAUUACUGAUAUUUUCAGUGCCGAUUUUCGCGAGAGUGCCCAUUCACGACACUUUGAGAAACUUGGACUGGAUGAUCCGUCUGCAAAAGCUGAUGUGGUUGUUGAUUGUGAUAGUAAAGCCGAGUCUAUUGUAAACGAUCUACGAGAGCUGCUCGAGAAGGCAAAAGUGGACGAUGUUACGCCGGAGGAACUUGUUGAACUCGAUGAUAUCAUCGCACCGGAUAAGAUACCCAUGCCCAAGCCGUGUGACAAUUUCAGUGCAUGGAUCAAUGCCGUUUAUUUGCGAUCUAGGGGCCUGGACCUGGGCACAUUUAACGCAAACUUCCUCACUACGGCUUUUGCAGAGCAGUCGCGCAAAUGGGGCGACAUGACGAAGAUUUAUAUGAGCAGAGUUAUUAUCACUAUUCAUCGCUUCAUCGCCGCCGCACUCCGUUCCGUCUGCUCUGAAGAGCAGGUCCGCAGCCAAUUGUGGACCUCAAUACAAGAGGGCUUAGUAAAAGGUUAUAAGACGGCAAUGGACCAGGCGAGAAUAUUGGUCGAAGUCGAACAACGCAAACAGCCUUACACUCUGAACAAACAAUUUGCCGAAGCUCGGUCAAAAGCUUUGGGGUACCGAGUCACGGAGCUAUUAUACCCCAAGGCUAGAAAGGACACCAGUCAGUACGGAGAGACUCAGUAUAUGGUCAAUUUGGAUGACAUCGCCAAGGCUACCGAAGGCAAGCACAAUGUGGAGAAGUUGCAAGAAGACAUUCAUGACAUUCUUCAAGCCUAUUACGGCCUGGCAACUUACCGGUUCAUCGACAAUGUCUUUCAGCUCGCUGUUGACUAUUGCCUGUUGCAUGGCCCUUCCAGCCCCCUGAAAGUUUUCACACAGGAUUGGGUUAUCAAACUGGAAGCCCAGCAGCUUGAGGGGAUCGCUGGUGAGACCAAAUCUGCUAAGAGGUGCCGUUCGAAACUGAAAAAGAAGAUCGAAGAUUUGACUAAUGCCUUAACUAUCCUCGAGACUUAG